GAGAACGGAAGAAUCUAUAUAAGUUAAGAAAAUUCACGCCAACCCUUUUUACCCCCACUAGAUUAGGUGCUAUCCUUUUCUUUUUAAUUGCAAAGAGAGAAGAGAGAGCUUUCAACCCGAACAGCGCCGAAGAAAUGACUAAAGAUGAAGACUUUAAGAUCCUCAAGAUUCAGACGUGUGUUCUCAAAGUGAACAUACACUGUGAUGGGUGUAAGCAGAAAGUGAAGAAACUCCUUCAGAGAAUUGAAGGCGUGUACCAAGUAAACAUAGAUGCAGUGCAGCGAGUCACAGUUUCAGGAAGUGUAGAUGCUGCGACAUUGAUAAAAAAACUAGUCAAAGCUGGUAAGCAUGCCGAACUAUGGUUUCAGAAAAACAACCAAAACCAAAAACAGAAAAAGGCCUGCAUCAAAGAUGAUAAUAACGACAACGGCAAAAAUCAAAAGUUGAUCAAGGGUCUUGAAGCCUUGAAGAAUCAGCAGAAAUUUCCUGCUUUCAGCUCUGAAGGAGAUGAUGACUAUUCUGAUGAUGAGGAAGGGGAUGAUGAAGAGGAUGAGCUGCGCUUUAUUAGGGAGAAAGCUAAUGAACUUGGUCUUCUCGGGCAGCAGGAAAUUGAUGCAAAUAAUGCAAAGAAAGGUGCUGGAGUCAUUGGUGCUGCUUCCAACAAUGGGAAAAUUAACAAUGUUGUAAAUGGGAAUGCUGGAAAUGGAAGGAUAGGAAACACAAAUCAGAAUAUGGGAAUGAGAGUUAAUGCAGGUGAGAUUGAUCCGAAAACCAUGGAAGCUCUGAAAAUCAACACUGCUCCUUUGGUUGUGGGUAACAUAAAUGCUGGAGAAGGUAUAAGGGCAAAUGACAUCAAUUCUAUGAUGGGUAUGGCUGGUUUUCGUGGGAAUGGGCUCAAUGUUGCUUCUGCUGCCGCUGCUUUAGGAGGGAAUUCCAACGGUUUGGGACGUUUUCAAGUCCACAGCAACAAUGCGUGUCAGGGCUCUUCUGCUGGGUUCACAACUGGUGCAUAUGCCCCUGGUCAAUACCCAUCAUCCACGCUGAUGAACAUGAAUGGUUAUACCCCUGCACCACCUCAGACAAUGAACAUGGACAUCCUGGCCAGGCAAGGCAUGCAACCACAACCACAAACGAUGUAUAACCGGUCUCCCUUUGUUCCCUCCAGCACUGGCUAUUACUACAAUUAUGUCCCAAACCCCAACCCGUACCCUCCCACUGAACCUUAUUACAGUGGUCAUGACUCUGCAAUCCAUAUGUACAGUGAGGAGAACACCAGCAGCUGUUCCAUAAUGUGAUGAAAGAAUUAAAUAGAUAUAUACUGCGUAGAGAAAAAAGUAUGGUGUUGACCGGAAUUUCUCUGUUAGUGCGUUGGUGGCUUUUGACUUUAUUCUGGUUGGAGUUAGGAUGCGGAUGUGAUGGGGUUGACCGGAAUUUCUAUGUUGUUGCUUUUUUUAUUUCAUUGUUAGUAGUAUUUGCUUCAGUUCUGUCUGUUUGUUCUUCAGUUGUUUCAGAACUGACUACCAUAUGGGGCUGUUUGGUGUGAGCCACAGUAGUUCUAGUAAACAAACAAAGAGAAUGAUUAG